ACAAAGCAUAAGAAAACCAAUUGUAAAGUAGUUUCCACUGUCUCCUUAUUGAUCAUGCCUCGUGGAAGUAGGGACCCUCUAGUUGUUGGGCGUGUGAUUGGGGAUGUAUUGGACCCUUUUGAAUGUUCUAUUCCUAUGAGGGUCACCUACAAUAACAAAGAUGUCAGCAAUGGAUGUGAAUUCAAACCCUCACAAGUUGUCAACCAACCAAGAAUAAAUAUCGGUGGUGAUGAUUUCAGGAACUUCUACACUUUGAUCGCGGUUGAUCCUGAUGCACCUAGCCCAAGUGAUCCCAAUUUCAGAGAAUACCUCCAUUGGUUAGUAACUGACAUUCCAGCAACAACGGGGCCUACUUUCGGUCAUGAGGUUGUAACAUAUGAAAAUCCACGACCCAUGAUGGGGAUCCAUCGUAUAGUCUUUGUGUUAUUUCGUCAACAGGGUAGAGAGACAGUGUAUGCACCAGGAUGGCGCCAAAAUUUCAUUACUAGAGAAUUUGCUGAACUUUACAAUCUUGGAUUGCCAGUUGCUGCUGUCUAUUUUAACAUCCAGAGAGAAUCUGGUUGUGGUGGAAGAAGGCUAUGUUAAUAAUAAGACUUAAAUAAGUUUUUGAUCUUUAUAAAAUAAGGGACUUUUGAAUGUGUUUUUAAAAAAUUUUAGUUAAA